UUGCUUUGACUCUAUUAGUAUAUGAUUUUAUAUUCGAUCAAUACUAGUUACUGUCUUCUUUAUUUCUACUGGUUGCAAUACUUUUUAAGUAGACUCAAAUAUCCUAAAUCUAUUUGUAUAUCUAACCUGAAUCUAUUCAGAGUUUGUCUUUUGUUACAAUUUACCAUUCUUCCUAUGAAUAUUUGUCUUAUUUUAUAUUUUGAUGUAUUGGUCUUUUCUGAUUUUGCUACUACCAUGCAGCAGUUUGCCAGCAGCAAUCUAGAAAUAUAUAUGGCACAGAGGAAUGGAAAAAAGCAAAGAAAAUGGGGCACAGGAUUGCAAAUGGUCAAGAUGAUUACAUGAUUAGGAGAGACUGUAUUGGAGAUGAGUAAGGAAUCGGAAGUCUUUAACUUCCCUUUUCUAUAUAUAGCUAAGGAGAGUGUUUUCUUUUCCUGGACCACCAAGUGAUCCAAUCGUGGGUUGUUUUUCUUUGUUUCUAAAGAAAACUAAAAACAGAUGAUGAUGUUAACAAUCACUGUUCUACUCCUCUUAUGAUUUGUUGCCUCUCAAAUCAAUUUUCCAAGUUUUCAUUCCUAUUCUCAAUGUCAUUUUAUCAUUAUCUGUAGAACUUUUCUAUCACUUAAACCAAGUUGAGUGGAAACCAUGUUGGGUUCAAUAUUCCUAUAUUCAUAGCAGAUAUUUUGUGUUCAAGACUGCUCAUGUGAGAAUGUUUGUGAUGUUAGUAGGAAGAAGGGUCUACAUUUCAGAUUAACAACAAGGAAUUCAGGAAGCCUGCCUUUGAUAUUAUAUAACUUCUAAUUGCAUCUAAUCCAGCAGAUUAUAAAUAUCACUAACUUCUGCCUAAUAUUGGUCUUGAUGUAAUAAAAAUAUUUGUCAAUGCAACUAGAUUCCAGAAUCUCCCAUUUUGCUACAAUGUUCCUAUAAAAUUUCCAUAGGCCUUUUUGUAAUUUACCAUAUUUAAUGAUGAUCAAACCAUAUCCAUUUAAUUAGACUAGACUUUUGCUCAUUUCCUAAGAUACUGUGCAAAAUGUAAAGGUUGGUUAGGGAGCACUUAAUUUAAUUAAGGCCUGUAAGUAAUUGCUGUUAGGGCAUAUGAAAUUUUUCCUUUCCCAUGUCAGAAUGCAUAAGAAUUAGGGAAAGACAUUUCAUACUAGUAACAGAACAAAUGAUUUGAAUAUUCUUGUCUAAAUUUUCAUAAGUAGUUUUGGGUAUGUUUCUCAAUUUCCUCUUUUAUUCAUCCCAGUAUUGAAAAAAAUACCAGAAUCUUUAAUCCAAACCACAACUUCUUCUUUUCAAGACCCUUUAUUUUGAAAAUCUCUUAGCCUCAUCUGAGUGUUUAACUGCUUGUUUCUGUGCUCUGACCUAUUUGAAUGAAGGCAAGUCUUCGGAUAACACCUUCUGUAAGAGAGAUCCAAGAGGCUCCAGGAGCUUUUGAACACAGGGAGUCCUCUGACUCACACAAUGGUGCAAGAAGGGCAACCUCAAAAUAGAGAAAACGGAAUAUGGUGGUUUCAAGUGAGGGCCUGGUCUGUUGCUGUGAUUUCCAUAGCAUUCCUCAGUGCUUGCUUUACUGUGAGCCGUGUGGUGAAUUUUCAUUUUAUACAUGGCAAAAGUGACAAAAGGCUGUCUGAACUACGCACAUACAAUUCAGGUUUAAGCUGCUUUAGUGAAGGAACGAGCAUGACAGAGAAAGAUUGGAGCUGCUGCCCAAAGAAGUGGGAGCCAUUUAGUUUGAACUGCUACUUUAUUUCUACUGACACCAGAAACUGGACAGAGAGUAAAAACAACUGCGCAGCAAUGAAGUCUCACCUGCUGGUGAUCCACACCAAAGAAGAGCAGGAUUUUAUCAUUGGGAAACUGGAUAGAAAGAGCGCUUAUUAUGUGGGGCUGUCAGACCCAGAGGGGAACAGAGCAUGGCAAUGGGUUGAUCAGACACCAUACAAUGCAAGUGCCGCAUGAGUAUAGAAUUUGAUAAAGGAAUCCUGACUUUUGAUCAUCAGGCAUUUUCCAGUGUCCAAAGUAUUGAUAUUAAAAUAAAAAUAGCUCAGGCUUCUUAUAACUCUUGGCACUAAGUUAAAUAAUUUUAUUUAUUAUCUCAUGAAUCAUCACAAGAACCCUAUGGAGCACAGAUUAUUAUGUUUUAUUGUAGAGCUGAGGAGCUGAGUUUAGAGAGUUUAGAUAACUCAGCAUAUGUUAUCUGGCAUUGGUGCAAUGGUCCUUAAACCCAGGUCUAUUUGACACCAAGGUUUGUAUGUUUUAUUUUUAAAUCCCUCUUCCCUACUUAAAUAUGUUUCCAUUGAUUUCUGAGAGAGGAAGGGCAAGGGAGAGAGGGACAGAAACCU